AUGUCGGGCCAGCGGAAUCCUACGAUCAAUACCAACCAGCGCAUCCCAGUCUUCUUCGGGAUACCGGCUCAUGUCUUCCAGGCGCGCCGGGAACUGCCCGCCCGCGGCAUUCACCAAGCCAUCAACUGGUCCGUGCUGUUGGAUCACGCUGCUGACCAGGUCGAUCACUGCGGAUUCAUCACGCAGUUCGACAGCAUGGCAACCCAGAACGACACCACCAUCAGCAACAAUCUCAGCCCUGGUACGUUCAAGCUUCUCCAUGGUUCUACCCGCCAGCACCAGAUUUGCGCCAAGACUGGCAAGUUCAUGGGCUAUACAGCGACCCAGACCGACACACAGACAAUGUCAGACAACACCAAGCGCCCGGAUACCGUUCGCCUGCAGAGGAUUGCCAAAGGUUUCUGGGAGUCAGCCGCAUUAAUGAGUGCCGUAGAACUUGGCGUGUUUACCGCCAUUGCCAACGGCAGCAAUACCAUCGAAUCCGCCGCUGCCGCUUUAAAGAUUGAACCUGUCAACGCUGAACGAUUACUCACCGUUCUGACUGCAAUGGAACUGAUCAUUCGAAACGGUGAACAGUUCAGUAACACCGAGGAUGUCGAUCGCUUUCUGGUUGAAGGGAAACCGACUUACGCGGGUCCCUGGAUGUUAUUUGGCAAACCGCGCUGGGAAGCCUGGGGCCAUCUUACUGAACACCUUCAGGUGCGAGCAGCGGAUCAACGUGUGCUCGGCAUGUACGAUAAUACGUUUACCGUUGAGCGCGCACGUGAAUACCACGAGGCUACCUAUUCCAUCGGCAUGGGCGCGGCACGUCGAUUCCAUCGACAGGUCGAUUUGAGUGGACGCAAAAAAAUCAUGGACCUUGGCGGCGGCUCAGGCUGCUACUGCAUAGUGGGUGCACAACAGCACCCGGGCUUGAAAGCGGAGGUGCUUGAUCUACCGCCGGUUGUGGUUGUCACACGGGAGUAUUUACAGGAGAACGGCGUCGAUCAGGAUGUGAUCGCAACGGCCUGCGACUUUACCAGCGACCCACUGCCGCAAGACGCAGACGUGGCAAUCAUGGCAUCCAAUCUGCCCCAAUACAGCCGACCAAUCAUCGCCGAUGUUGUACAACGGGUUUACGACGCCCUGCUGCCCGGUGGUGAAUUCCAUCUGAUCGGAGAAAUGCUGGAUGCCGACGGGAGCGGACCGAUUGCCCCUGCACUUUGGGGGUUAUCUGAAGCCGUCAGCCACUCCACCGGCCUGGCACACUCAGUUUCAGACUGUUCAAACUACUUUUCUGCGGUCGGCUUUACCCAUAUCAAGGUUGCAGAGUUCAUACCGGGUACGCUGACGCGAGUCAGCGGCAUCAAACCAGGCUAA